AUGGCUAACCCUAGUGUUCUUACCUUCGAUGCUGAAGGUCGAGCGGUUGAUUUCGAGGUCUGGGUCGAUGAACUGCAGCUCUUUCUGCAGUGCGACUCUAGGGACGGAGUCUCACUGUUCGAUCACACGUCCAGCGUCUCUGUUGCACCUGCUGCCGUUGCUGACAGUGCAGUUCGCUCGCAGUGGACCACGCGUGAUGCUGCUGCUCGUCUUGCUGUUUGUAGUCACCUGCCGUCAGCUGAGCGCGCGCAAUUUAGCCAGUACAAGACUGCUAAGACUCUGUAUGACGCUGUUGUUGCGCACUACUCCUCCCCUACCUUUGCUGCCCUCAGCCGCCUCAUGCUGCUGUACCUGUUUCCUGACCUUGCCGCUUUUGCCACAGUUGCUGACCUCAUUAGCCACCUCCGCACCAGUGACACCCGCUACCGCGCUGCGCAUCCUGCCAAGUUCUGCGCCAAGAACCCCCCCCCUAUGUACAUCACCCUCAACUACCUCGUCACCCGACUCCCUGACUCCCUUCGCCCAGUCAGGGACCACUUCCUCUCCCUUUGCCCCACCACGCUCACCGUUGACCUCCUCGAGGAGCACCUCCUUGCAGCUGAGAAGAGUAUAGUCGCUGUAGGAGCCUCUCGUGGUGACCCUCGUGCCCCUUUCUUUGAGGGGUGCUCCCCUGUCCCCCUUUUGCCCUCUGUUGCAACUGCUGCUGCUUUUGACCUCGUUGGCACCGAGUCGGUCGGAGCUGCGUCUGCUCCUAGUGGGAGACGCCGCAGCGGCAUUGAGACUGCUCCUCUAGGUGCUAGCAAGUCUGCCGCUCCAGGUGCUGGUGAGGCUGCUCUCUCAGGUACCGCGUCGGCUCAGGUCUUGCACACUUUCACCCUUGACUCAGGUGCUUCCCGUUCCUUCUUUCGCGACUGCACCACACUCACGCCGCUCAGCCGGCCAGUGGCAGUCUCCCUGGCUGACCCCUCUAGGGGUCCGGUCCUUGCGCACUUCUCCACAGUUCUGCCGUGUCUGGCGGUCCCGUCUGGCUCCUUGUCCGGUCUCCACCUCCCCCCGUUCUCCACGAACUUGGUGAGUGGAGCUGAUCUUCAGGACAUGUGGGUUGACCAGUUCACUCCUGGAGGUGUUUGCUGCAGCGUCCCGGUCUGA